AUGCACGUGGAGGUGCGUGAUAGUGUUUCUUGGCGCAUGGUUAUUGAAUUAAGAUUAUCAGAAGGGAGAGCUGAGACUUUCAAGGAGAAAGUUGAAGUAGAUGAUGAGCAUAUGACAGUAACUAUCCAUGGCAUUGAAGGAGACAUCUACAAGACCUUCAAGUUCUGGAAACCCGUCUUCAAUGUUGCACCAAAACAGCGGGGCAACGGCAGCGUUGCGACGGUGAGCAUCGAAUACGAGAAACGAAACAAGGACGUUUCUGAUCCAGUUGCCUAUCUCGAUUUCAUGGCCAGCAUGAGCAGAGACGUUGCUUCUCACAUUAUGAAGGCAUAA